CGCUACCGGAGGCGAGUGGGCGGGCGGCUGUGCCAGGCUGAAAGAUGGCCGCUGCCGCCACCGCCGCCGCCCGGCAGCCGCCGCCCCGGAGGUUACUCUAGGGCCUGCAGGUUCUGCGCGUUCCCGCGGACCGUUGUCGCGUUCUUACCAUGAAGCCAGUGAGUCGCCGCACCUUGGACUGGAUUUACUCGGUGUUGCUCCUCGCGAUCGUAUUACUCUCCUGGGGAUAUGUAAUCUAUGCAUCAACAGUAGCUGCUCGACGACAGCUAAAGAAGGAAUACCCUGACAAAAUCUUCGGCAUGAAUGAAAAUUUGUAAUUCCUCUAAAUUUUAUUGUAUGCAAAUACUUCUCUGGCACGUGUCUAGAUUUAAAGUAAAAUCCAUAUAGUUUCCAAUUUUA